AGUAGCAGAAGCAUCUUGAGGUCAUUGGCUUAUUUUAAAUGAAGGUACUGUUGGUGGGGUGUAAUCAUAGCUAUUAUUCACAUUCAGUGGUUUCAUACACACCUGGAUGCCUUAACAGCCACUUGACAAAUUAUGUGAGCAGGAUCUAUUCAACAUGAAACACCAUACAUUUAUUGUUAAAAAUGGAAAUGUAAAAAUGAGAAAUCAUUUCAUAUUCUGUACCAUCUUGUGAUUGUGUAUAUGUAUAGGACCUUAUUGUUUGUUCUGCUUUCCUGUCUGUGUCUGAUUCAACCAAGAUGCUUCUUACACCCUACUGAAAGUGGCUGAUAGGGCAUAACAGUGUACAUAGAAGCACUGAAAGUGAAAUAUUUGUAGAAAUUAACAUUUAAGAUUUGUAUUAUGUGGUCUUAAACAUUCCCAUGCAUGUUAUAAGAUUACAAUAACACAUUAAAAUUUGAAUGAGGGUGCAGUUUUAAUUGCAGUUAUAUAUUCUUCAUCCUUUUCUUUUUCAUAAAGGUUAAGGUUGGACGAAGAAAAUGCGGAAGAAGUCCACUUUAUUUUCAAUAAUAUGAAGCUCAGAUGUGUGAAGCUGAAUUGUUGAAUGCAUGCUAAAACAGGAGGGAAGAAGUAUGGGCAGUGUGUGAGAUGGGGGAAGUAAGAAGAAGUAAAACAAUUGAAGAAAGAAGAAUAAUGUGAAGUAAUGAAGUUACAGAAAUGAAGUUAAGGAAGUAAUCUGGAUAAGGCCACCGCGCUAAGUAAUUUUCUGGAGUCUCGCUCUAGAUCCAGGAGUGUCAGUCCUCGGGGCUCUGGGAAGUCGGCAAGCCGCUCCCCAGCUCGAUCGCCUGCUCGUUCUAAAGAGGGCUCCCGCCACUCCCGCUCUAAAUCUCGGUCCCGAUCCAGGUCAAAAUCUGGGUCCCACUCCCAUCGUGGCUCCCGUAGACACUAUAGCCGAUCUCGCUCCCGCUCUAGGUCCUAUCGUCGCCGAUCUCACAGCAGGUCCUACAGUGGAGAGCGCCGCCGCAGGAGCCAUAGCCGCUCACCGAUGUCCAACCGCCGCAGGCAUAUCGGCAACCGUGCUAAUCCAGACCCGAACGGUUGUGUGGGAGUGUUUGGCCUGAGCUUGUACACCACAGAGAGGGAUCUGAGGGAAGUCUUCUCUAAAUACGGCCCCCUGGCAGAUGUCUCUAUUGUGUAUGACCAGCAGUCGAGGCGUUCCAGGGGCUUUGCUUUCGUUUACUUCGAGAACACCGAUGACGCUAAAGAGGCAAAGGAACGAGCCAAUGGCAUGGAGCUGGAUGGUCGUAGGAUCAGGGUGGACUUCUCCAUCACAAAAAGACCUCACACCCCAACACCUGGAAUCUACAUGGGCCGGCCAACAUAUGGUGGAGGUGGAGGUCCCAGUGGUCCUCGACGCAGCUCACGUGACUAUGACCGUGGAUAUGAUCGCGGAUAUGACCGUGGAUACGACAGAGGCGGCUAUGAUCGCUAUGACGACAGGGACCAUUACAGAUCAUACAGAAGGCGAUCCCCAUCCCCAUACUACAGAGGGGCCUACAGGUCUCGAUCCAGAUCACGGUCUUAUUCUCCCCGUCGCUACUGAGUGUUGCCGUCAAGCCCCUCCACCUCCCACACAUGGACAGGAAAUGUUUCUGAGUGGAAUGAUUGAUUUCAGAAUAGGUCUUCUUUCUUAAGGUGAUCAUCACACUUCUUGUUUGCUAACGUACAUGACCAGUAAAUGUAUACCGAGAUCAGUUGAAGCAGUGUCAUUUGACGUGACUCAAGCUGUCCCCUCAUGUUUUUAAUUUUAAAUGUAUUGGCAACAUCUGCCGCAAAAAAUAUAUUAAUGUUUUUAUUAAUGUAUUUUUUUUUUGUAUACAAAUCGAGUGAAAGUCCACCUUUGAACAGAUUAAAAGGAAAUUGAUUUUUUUUUUUCCACUGUGACUCAUGUCCUUCCUUACAGCAAUUCUACAUUACUUUGUUUUGCUGUUGCAAGGUUGUUAUAAUACUUCGGAAGGAUGCAUUAAAGCCUUCAUACUAUCACAUUGCUAUGUGCUGGUUUCUACAGAAAUUAAGUUUCUCAGUUUUGACAAUAAAAGCUGCAAGUGUGUG